CUGCAGAUGCUGGAAAUCCAAAGCAACACACACACACAAAAUGCUGGAGGAACUCAGCGGCUAUGAAAGAGAGUAAUUUUGGCAUUUCGGGCCGAGACAGACCCUUCAUCAGAACUUUAUCUGGAUAGAAUCAUGAGUUGUUUCUUAGUCCAGCUUCUGUCUAACUCUUUACACCAUUUUAUGUCUUCAUGAUGCGAUCUUAAUAUUCCUGUAUACCUAACAUUCAGGAAUGAUAGGGGAAAAAAAAGAGGCAUGAGAGUAAUCCUAUUAAUUUCAGAAUAUUGUCACAAUUCUGAGUAAAGGGAUGUGUUCAAUAACAGUGAUGGGCCACCUAUAGCCAUCAAGAAAUGGCUUCACUGAACAGUUUUGAUAAAUACGAGUAGAGAGCAGAUCUUUAGGAUGAUCACUAACACCGUCUUUACUUGUUAGUGGUUGAGAUAAAAAGAACGAACAAUAUGUUGGGUAGUAGUAGCUCCAAUGGGCAGGACUGAUACUGGGAUGUGCUAAAUUAGAGAUGGAAGAUGCAUUUUGUGAAGACCCAGCACUUCCUUGGUGGGAAUUAGAAAAUAAUCACGAAACGUCACGCUGGACUUGUCUUCUGCUUCGGACACGCCCGAUAUAUAUAUUGUGGAGCGACUGUUUUCCAGCAGCCUGGUGGUCGUCGUCAGCCUUUCAACACCGCGGAGGAUGAACGUCUAUCAUUUCAAAAAAGGGACAGAGAUUUGCAAUUACAGCUAUUCAAAUACCAUCCUCACCGUUAGGCUCAAUCGACAGAGGCUGAUAGUUUGCUUGGAAGAGUCCAUUUAUAUUCAUAACAUCAAGGAUUUAAAGUUACUGAAAACUAUUCAAGAUAUACCACCAAACCGCACAGGUCUCUGUGCACUUUCCAUCAAUCAUUCCAACUCAUACUUGGCAUAUCCUGGCAAUGCCACAAUAGGGGAGAUAGUGAUUUAUGAUGCAAAUAACCUGGACAGUGUUUCCGUAAUCCCUGCACAUGACGGUCCACUUGCUGCAUUAACAUUCAACUCCACAGGUUCCAAGCUGGCAAGUGCUUCGGAAAAGGGUACAGUUAUUCGUGUCUUUUCUACCCCUGAGGGACAGAAGCUUUAUGAAUUCAGGAGAGGAAUGAAAAGGUAUGUAAAUAUCGGCUCACUGGCAUUCAGCAAGGACUCCCAGUUCCUGUCAGCUUCCAGUAACACUGAAACUAUUCAUGUCUUCAAACUUGAACAGUCCAGCCAAAGGCCCCAGAAAGAGUCUCCAACAUGGAGUGGAUAUAUGGGGAAGAUGUUUAUGGCAGCUUCCAACUACCUCCCUGCCCAGGUAUCAGACAUCAUGAACCAGGAUCGAGCAUUUGCCACUGUGCGUCUCAACUUCUCUGGACAAAAGUGCAUCUGUAUGCUUACUAUAAUUCAGAAGUUGCCUCGACUGCUUGUUGCUGCAUCAGAUGGUUUCCUCUACAUUUAUAACCUGGACCCUCAUGAUGGUGGAGAGUGUGUUCUCGUAAAGAAACACAGGCUACACAAUGAACAUGACAGCUGUAACACUGAUAAAUCUGACUCGGCACCCUCCAUCUCUCCAACGUAUGCAGCGACCGUUGCCAAAACCAGCCCAUUGCCUUCAGCAUCAACGGCAUCAGGAUACUCUGAAGAAGGUGGUGCUAUGCGUGGUGAGAUCAUCCCCGAGCACGAGUUUGCUGCUGGACCAUUGCAUCUGGACGAUGAGACUGAGUUCCCUCCUAUUUAUUCAUGCCGAGGAAGCCAGAGUGAAAAGACGAAGAAGUUGUGAGACUGAAAAACACGAUUAAUAUCGUGAGUGAAGAUAGAGAUUAUAAACAGCACGAUUUGAAGAAUGAAGAGCGUGAAAUUGGUAUACGUGAAUUGGAGUAAUAAUAAUAAUAUUGUGCAUUUCAUGUUUUGUUUGGGGGAGAAGAGCAAAACAAAAUUCCAAUGAGUUUAACUCUGUGUCUGUCACCAGCUUUAGUUACUGUACUGGAGCCAGAAUGGGUGUGUUACAUAAUAGAGCGCAUUGCUGAACUAAUCAAGAUUAGCAUUACCACAUUGAAAAAAAACCUUUCUUUAGUAUGGAUAUUUAAAGUUAUUUUUAAAAGUUUUAUAAUAUAGCAUUUACUUAUUAAAAAUUUUUAUCCAGCAUGUAUCUUGUUCUGAAUAUAUCCUAAACAUAUUAUAAAAAUAGCGAUUAGUCAACUCAGGCGAUGUCCCCUCUCAGCAAGCAAGCUGCUCAGAGUGGCGGUCAAGGUUUUUUAAUUGUUGAAUGAAGUUGCACAAAAUUGUAAUGUUCACCAAAUAAUGUAGUAGUAAUAGUAAUAAAGUGUUGCAAUAUC